AUGCAAAUUGGAAACGGGGAAGACACGCAGAUAUUUUUGGAUGAUUGGCUGAGCAGCAGACCAAUGCAAAGGGCUGGUAUUUCCGCCCCGCUUCCAAAUGAUGCAAAAGUUUCACACCUAAUCUCAACUGGAAAUUGGGAUGCUAAUAUUAUCUGGACGAACUUUAGUAGAUUGACUGUCAGAGAAAUUCUUAGUAUCCAAUUACCAGAAACCAACUCUACGGAUACCAAAAUUUGGAGACCAGACAGAAAUGGAAAAUACUCUAUCAAGUCUGGGUACUGGACAGCUCAAGAACAAGGUAUCACUGCACCCGAAACGAUUUCCAAAUUUUGGAAAUCUUUUUGGAAACAGGAACUGCUUCCUAAAUGGAAAAUGUUCAUUUGGAAAAUUAUGCAACGUGUGCUGCCAGUAGCACACAAAUUGGAAAAAAGAAAAAUUCAGAUUGAAACGCAUUGCAAGUUUUGCAAAUCUGAAAAAGAAACAUUGGAGCAUCUCUUUAGAGAUUGUCAAUUCUCCAAAAGAAUAUGGUUCGGGACAAUGGGUUAUAGGACAAAUGGAAAUCAUGGGACUUUACAAGAAUGGAUUCAAAACACUCUCAACUCUAUUUGGAAUAGAAAUGAUGAAGGAUCACAUUCUUCAAUUCAAGCUGGAAACCGGGUCUUUGAUCCGGGAGAAAGCCAGAUCUUAAUGGUUAAAGUAAUAGCUACCAUGUGGGCAAUAUGGAUACAUCGCAAUGAAAUCACCUUUCAAAAUUGCACCCCGGAUCUUCAAAGAGUUAUGGAGACCGCUACAGAGUACAUCCACAGGCAAGCAAAAGCAACUUCCACCAAAGUCCAGGAAAAGGAAAAGCUUCAUACGAUCACAGAGAAACCAGCAUCACAUAAUCUAGCCUGGACUAAGGGAAUAAUCCAAGAAGGUCAGCUUGAGUGCUUCCAGGUAGAUGGAGCUUGGAAAAAGGAAAAAAAUUCUCCUAAUGCAUGGGAAGCUGCUAUUGCUUGGGUGAAUGAAUAUAACACAGCAAGAUGGGAGGCACAAAAGAUUCUGGGCUCUUAUCCAGUCCAAACAGAAUCCCUCGCAAUCUUACAUUGCAUAGAAAGUGUUAGAGCAGAGUUCAAGGCAAUAUCAAUCAAAACAGACUCCAAAGAGAUAGUUCAAGCCCUGCUGUAUCCUUUGAAUUCACCACUAGAAGUUAGAAAUAUAAUUGCUAAUAUUGAGGCUAGAGUAGCUAACCUCCAGUUUAUUUCUAUAGUUAACGUGAAAAGAGAGGAAGUAUCUAAGGCACAUUUCCAUGCCUCAAAAGCAAGGAAAUAA